GCUGCUAAUACCUUAAAAUAUGGAAAAGUAAAAAAAAAAAGAAAAAAGAGGAGAGGACAUUGACAAUAACACACCCAACAGAAGGAUUCCCCACAGCACCUUCUUCCCCACAACAGAAUGAGGAGAAGACCUUCUCUGUUCCUCUACUACCGAACACAAAUCUUCAACUCUGCUCCUUCUUAAUCAAACUCCCUUCGUUUCUUCAAUCCAAUUCCUAGGGUUCACUUCAAUUCUCAGACAUUCAAGCCUCAGAACAAGGUUCUAGGGUAUAAGUUGGGGUCAGGAUUGCUGAGAGAUGUGGGAUGCUCCGGGGAUUGAUGAAUCUGCUCUCUCUUUGCUGGAAGCCGUUCGGGCAUGCUACUGAUGAUUUGAGCUCUGUUGGAGUUAUCGGAACCAAUUGCGGUGGAAAAGACAGUAAGGAUAGCUUGCUCUGGUUCUAUGAUUACGGUAAGUAUGGUUCCGGAGAAUUUUCCAUGGCUGUCGUACAGGCCAACCAGGUGCUUGAGGACCAGUCCCAGAUUGAAUCUGGUCCUUUUGGCACCUUCCUCGGAAUCUACGAUGGCCACGGCGGGCCCGACGCCGCCAGAUACGUCUGCGAUAACUUGUUUAGGCGUUUCCAAGCAAUCUCAGAUGAAGAACGAGGAGUCGUGACUCGUGAAACCAUUCUGAAUGCGUUUCGUCAAACAGAGGAAGGGUUCACAACUGUCGUGUCUGAGCUGUGGAGUACUCGGCCUCAGAUAGCAACAGUUGGGACAUGCUGUCUAGUAGGGGUGAUACAUGAGCAGACACUUUACGUGGCGAGUCUUGGAGAUUCUCGUGCUGUGCUAGGGAAGAAAGUUGGCAACACUGAAGAGAUUGCUGCCAUUCAAUUAUCAACAGAGCAUAAUGCAAAUCUUGAGGAUAUAAGGCAUGAAUUGAAAGAUAUGCAUCCAAAUGAUCCUCAAAUUGUAGUUCAAAGGCAUGGAGUUUGGAGAGUGAAAGGCAUUAUUCAGGUUUCUAGAUCCAUUGGAGAUGUCUAUAUGAAACAUGCUAGGUAUAAUACCGAACGAAUCAAUACGAAAUUUAGACUUCCCGAACCAAUGAAUAUGCCCAUAUUGACUGCUGUACCUACGAUUAUUGCUCAUCCUCUUCAUCAAAACGAUUCUUUUCUCAUAUUUGCCUCCGAUGGACUUUGGGAACACCUAACCAAUGAAAAAGCAGUUGAUAUUGUUCAUAAUCAUCCUCGUGCAGGAAGUGCAAAAAGGCUCGUGAAGGCAGCCCUUCAAGAAGCAGCUAGAAAACGAGAGAUGCGGUAUUCGGAUCUCCGAAAGAUCGAUAAGAAGGUUCGGCGUCAUUUUCACGAUGACAUUAGUGUUAUUGUUUUAUUUUUCAACCACGACCUUAUAGCCAGAAGCAACGUCCUCCUAGAUCAGCCAUUAUCGGUCCGAAGUGCCCUCGAUCAUUGAUUCAAAAUUUUUGUUGCUGAAUAUCAUAAAAGAGAAAAAAGAAGGAACAAAAAAAUCCUGUAAUUUGAACGCUAGAUACAUCCCGAUCCAUGAAUAGAGAGGUUCGCUGAUACGAAGAAACAUAUUGAGAAGACUCUUCAAAAGUGGUUUUUUUAAUUUUUUUUUUCUUUCAUUUGUAUAACUUGUUGCUAAAUAUAACGCUGCAGACUCGUGUAGAACCCGGAUUAGAUAUUGAACCUCAUCUGGGUUGUUCUUUGCAUUCAAGUAAAAAUUUCAGUAACCCAAUUUUUCAGAUA